AUGGAAAAUGAACAAAAAACUGAAAGGGUCACUAAAAAGCACAUCGCUAAGCUACAUGAAAAAAUACAGCACAAAUAUGAAGAAAUGCAAAGGAAGCUAGAAAAAUCAAAAUCUAUAGAUUUUUUGACAAAUCUCGAUGAUGAUUACAAAUUUCAAAGUCAAAAGAAAUUUGUGAGUGUUAGUGAUUUAAGUAAUGUUGAUCAAGUGCAUAAAUUUGACAAUAGUGUAAGUGUAAAUCGUUCAAUUUUUUACGUAGAAACGAAUGUUUUCCAAGAAAAACAAAAAGAUGCCACCUUCGAAGAAAUAUUAUACAAAGAAGCAACCGUUACAGAAUCUGAUUCCAUGACAAAAACAUGUGAUAAAAUCGACUGUGAGUAUGAAAACGACGUUGAAAAUGAUUUUUUCAAUAAAGAUUUUUUUAAAACAAGCCUUGAAUCGUUGAAUGAAGUUUCAAAAGAAAGCGAUGAGUCUUCUGAGCUUACGCCACCUCCUAAAUCUAUCCGUGAUAGAAUAGAAUGUAGGCUAAAAAAGCGACAAACUGAAGAAAAAGAAAAGAAGAGUAAGAAUAGAAGAAAGGAAUCUCUUGAAAAGGUUGACAAAUACAUUUUAUCCAACACAUCUAAACAUCGAAUGAUAAAAUUAUUUAAAAAAAAUAAAAUAGCGACGGUCAGCAUUGCAUUGAUUGAAGUUACAGGCUUAGAAGAAGUGGUGGACGAAAAGGCACGCGUCUUGUCAUUUAAAUUCAGGUUAGGUACAGAAAAACGUAAAUGCAAAUUAGUUAAAAGUGUCGAUACGAAAGUGAAAUUUCAAGAGUUAUUUAAUUUAAGUAUGUAUGACGAUGAAAACGUUUUAGAAAUAACUUUAUGGGAUAAAGACACUUUUAUGGGCAGGUGUAUUUUAGACUUAUCACAACUAGAGAAAGAAAGAACUCAUAAAAUGUUAUUAAAUUUAGAAGGAGAAUUUAAACAUAUUCAAAUAUUUUUUCUUUUAACUAUAAGUGGAACUACCUUUGGCAAUACACUUUAUGAUGUUGACGAAAAUGAAAUUGAAAUUAAAAAAAAAAUAUUGAAAAAUAAAUACGCUUGGUAUCGUUUUUAUGAUCAAUUUAAUAACAUUGGUGUCUUAACCGUAGUUAUAUACGGAGCUAAAGGUUUAUCAGGUCAAGAUUGUUAUUGUGUCGUUCAUUUAAAUAAUGAAAGAAUACAAACGCAAACUGAUUAUAAAACAAACGACCCUAGUUGGAUGAAAAUAAUAUCAAUUAUGGUAACUGAUAUCACUUCAAUUCUAGAAGUCUCAGUUUUCGAUGAGAAAAAAUCUGAAGAAAUUGGUAAAAUUUCAAUACCAUUGCUUAGUAUAAGACCUGGAAAGAAAUGGUACGCACUCAAAGAUAGCACACUCAAAGAAAAAGCGAAAGGCAAUAACGCAAGAAUUUUACUAGAAAUGAAUAUAAUUUGGAACUUCAUAAAAGCUGCAGCUCGUGUCAUAAAUCCGAAGGAAAUAAACUAUUUAUUGACAGACGAAAAAUUGGAUAGGCAUCUAUUCGCAAGGAAUUUAUCGAGGGCUAAAGUUGUUUCUGCGUGGAUCGUAUAUGCUUUUAAUAUUAUGAAAACUUGUUUCGCAUGGGAAUCAAGGAAAGCAAAUACAAUAGCAUUAUUAAUAUGGGUACCAUUUUGUAUAUACGCCAAAAUGUGGAUGUUACCUCUGUUGCUAUUAAUUCCAUUUAUUUGGUAUAAGCCCGAUGGUACUGGGAAGACUGGGUUGCAAGUUUAUUCGAAGAAUGACAAGGACGACAAGAACGUAUCCUUGAGACAAAAAAUAAACAGUCUCCAAGAAAUUCUUAUUUCAAUACAAAGUAUAAUAGGAAAAUUCGCAAGUACAGGAGAAAGUAUUAAAAAUUUGUUCAACUUCACCGUACCCUUUGUUAGUGUUUUGGCAAUCUUUUUUAUUAUAUUAAUAGCAUUUGUAAUGUACUUGAUACCGUUUAAUUACAUCUGCAUAAUAUGGGGAAUUCAUAAAUUUACAAAAAAAAUAUUAAUGCCAAAUAGAAUACCGCAUAAUGAAAUGCUUGAUUUGUUGUCUAGAGUUCCUGAUGAUGAAACUUUGAUGGAAUGCGAAGAAUUACCUUUAGGUGAUAUUUCAGAAGACGACUAUUAA